AUCACCUCGCACCUAGCCACGAAUGCGUAUUAAAUAGAAAAAAUAAGUUCUCCAUCUUUUUUGGCCUCUUUUCCAUGCUUUUAGCUUUUUUCAGACACUCAAAGGAGAGUUUUUACCUUACAGUAGUUAAGAAAAUACCCUCAAAGUCUCAGAUUUUAGUUAGAUUUAAGAAAAGCAUGCCACCGAAGAAAAAGGGAGCAGAAGCGGAAGGCCCUGGACCUCUACUGGGCAGGUUUGGGACCUCUCUCAAGGUUGGGAUUGUAGGGCUACCUAAUGUGGGGAAGUCCACUUUCUUCAAUGUGCUCACUCAUGCGUCUGCACCGGCUGAGAACUUCCCGUUCUGCACCAUUGACCCCAAUGAAAGUCGAGUCCCAGUUCCUGACGAGCGUUACGAUUGGUUGUGUGAGCACUGGAAGCCUCCGUCCUGUGUACCAGCACAUCUCUCUGUAGUGGACAUAGCUGGUCUGGUCAAGGGAGCUCACGAAGGACAGGGUCUUGGGAAUGCCUUCUUGUCCAACAUUAGCGCCUGUGAUUCUCUCUUCCACGUUGUCAGAGCGUUUGAGGACAGUGAUGUGACCCAUGUGGAGGGUGAGGUGAACCCAGUGAGGGACCUGGAGAUCAUCAGUGAGGAGCUGAGACUCAAGGAUGUGCAGUAUGUCACCAAACAGAUCGCGUCCAUCGAAAAAACUGCAGUUCGCGGAGACAAGAAGGGAAAAGCAGAACUUGACCUACUGCACAAGGUGAAUGACUUGGUUUCUGAGCAGAAGAAGGACGUACGCUUUGGUGUGUAUAGCACUGUCGAGAUAGAGUUCCUGAACAAGCACCUCUUCCUCACGGCUAAACCUGUCAUCUACCUGGUCAACCUGUCAGAGAGAGACUACAUACGAAAGAAGAAUAAAUGGCUGGUUAAGAUCAAGGAGUGGAUUGACUCAAGAGACCCCAAUGCCCUCAUCAUACCGUUUAGUGGUGCUCUUGAACUAAAGUUGCAGGAUAUGCCUGAUGACGAGGCCAAGAGGUACUGUGAGGAGAUCAAAGGUCAAAGUGCUCUGACCAAGAUAAUUGUGAAUGGGUACAAGGCCCUCAACUUGCAAUACUUUUUUACUGGAGGCCACGAUGAAGUGAGAGCUUGGACCAUCAUGAAAGGCUCUAAGGCUCCUCAAGCUGCUGGAAAAAUUCACACCGAUUUUGAGAAAGGAUUCAUCAUGGCUGAGGUGAUGAAGUUUGUUGACUACAAGGAACUUGGCUCAGAAGGUGCUGUCAAGGGAGCGGGCAAGUAUCGCCAGCAAGGAAGGAACUAUGUGGUGGAGGAUGGGGACAUCAUUUUCUUCAAAUUUAACGCUGGAGCAGGACUGACUCAAAAAAAGAAAUAGAUACUUUUUUGUGAUGCAUGGCCUUGACAACUAUAAUUAUGUUGCGUGACCAAUUAUCCAUUUUUAUGUUUGUACCUAUAAAAAAAAUAUUAAAUGUCAGUUAAAAUUAA